AUGUCGCUCGUUACGCCCCUCACGAAGCUGUUGAAUAUCCAGCACCCCAUAUUCCUAGCCGGGAUGGGGAAGACCUCAGGAGCGCCGUUGGCAGCUGCGGUCUCCAAUGCUGGUGGACUUGGCGUCAUUGGCGGGGUUGGAUAUUCUCCAAACCAGUUGAAGGAGAUGAUCGAUGAGCUCAAGAGCCUCCUGGUAGACAAGAACGCCCCAUUCGGAGUCGACCUCCUCAUCCCUCAAGUUGGCGGAAACGCUCGGAAAACCAACGUUGACUACGCAAAAGGCAAGUUGAACGAGCUCAUCGAUGUCAUCAUCGAAGGCGGCGCCAAAGUCUUCGUCUGCGCCGUCGGUGUCCCCCCCAAAGCCGUCGUCGAGAAACUCCACAAAGCUGGCGUCCUCUACGCCAACAUGGUCGGCCAUCCUAAACACGCCCACAAGGCCUGCCAGAUCGGCGCCGACAUCAUCGUCGCCCAGGGCGGCGAGGCAGGCGGACACACCGGCGACAUCCCUUUCAGCGUGCUCAUCCCCGCUGUCGCCGACGCGAUUAAGUCGUACAGAUCGCCGCUGACGGGCCAACCUGUCUACCUCGCUGCCGGUGGUGGUGUCUUUGACGGACGUAGUUUGGCGGCGGCGCUGAUGCUGGGUGCGAGCGCUGUGUGGGUGGGUACGCGGUUCGUGGCGUCGAAGGAGUCGGGGGCGUCGGAGCACAACAAGCAGACGCUUGUUCAGGCGGGCUUCGACCAGGUCAUCAAGACGACGAUCUUCACGGGACGCCCGGUGAGGCACUAUGCCACGCCGUAUAUUAAGAACUGGGAAGAGAAUCGCCAGGGGGAGAUUAAAGAGCUGCUUGGAAAGGGGAUUGUGCCCCUCCAGUGGGAGCUUGAGAAGUAUGAUAAAGAGGGGAAGUCGACAGCGGAGAUCGAGGAUCAGGCUACCUUCAUGCCUAUGGGGUACGUGGGUGGCCUCGUCACACAGUUGAACCAACCUGCUGGAGACAUUGUGCGGGAAAUGGUCGAUCAAGCAUAUGAGCUUCUUCGCAGCCCAAGUAAAUUUGUAAAUGACUCGAAAUUGUAA